ACGGGGGUCACGCGGCGCCCCCCAAAACCAGCCCCGCUCGCGCCCCUCCCCCAGCAUGGAGCCCCUCGGCCUCGCCCUCCUCCUGCUGCUGCUGCCCCCCGCCUGGCCCCACCCCGGGCGGAUUUUGGGGGGCUCCGAGUGCCCCCCGCGGGCGCACGCGGGGCUGGUGCGGCUCUUCCAGUUCGACCAGUUCGUCUGCGGGGGGGCCCUGCUGAGCCCCCAGUGGGUGCUGAGCGCCGCCCACUGCCAGGCCAGCCACCUGCAGGUGCGCGCAGGUGAGCACAGCCUGGCGCAGGUGAGCGGCCACGAGCAGUUCGCCGCCGCCGUGGAGCUCGUGGUGCACCCGGACUUCGGCAAGGCCGCGGGAAACGGCCCCGAGCCCGCCAAAUCCGGGGGCUUUCCCGCCAAAUCCGGCGGCUUUCCCGCCAAAUCCGGCGGCUUUCCCGCCAAAUCCGGGAUUUUCGGGAAUGCCGGGAAUUUUUCCGGGGAUCUCCUCGGGGAUCUCCUCGGCAGUUCCGGCCGCUCCCACGACCUGAUGCUGCUGCGGGUGGAGCCGCCCUUUACCUGCGGGCCGCAGGUGAGGCCCCUCCCCCUGCCCCAGGCCCCGCCCACCCCCGGCUCCACCUGCACCGUGAUGGGCUGGGGCAGCACCAGCAGCCCCGAGGAGUCGUACCCGGACGUGCCGCAGUGCCUCAAUGUCACCGUGCUCGGGGACAGCGCCUGCCGUGACGCCUACGGGGCGCAGGUGACGCCGGACAUGCUGUGCGCAGGUGUGCCCGAGGGCGGCAAGGACUCCUGCCAGGGUGACUCGGGGGGUCCCCUGCUGUGCCAGGGCCGGCUCCAGGCCGUGGUGUCCUGGGGCGAGCACCCCUGCGGCCAGCCCGGCCGGCCGGGCGUCUACGCCCGCGUGCAGCCCGCGCUGGCCUGGAUCCGGGCGGUCAUCGGGGCCCGAGGAGUGACCGCUGACCCUGCCUGCGACCCCGAGUGACCGCUGACCCCCUGAGUGACCACUGACCCCCUGAGUGACCGCUGACCCUGCCUGCGACCCCGAGUGACCGCUGACCACGCCUGUGACCCCACUGAGUGACCGCUGAACCCCUGAGUGACCACCGACCCCACUGAGUGACCGCUGACCCCACUGAGUGACCGCUGACCCCACUGAG